GCAACAGCAGCAUCAGCAGGAAAUGCCGCAGCAGCAACAGCAACAUCAGCAGGAAAUGCUGCAGCAUCAACAGCAGUGCUACAAUCAACAGCCACAUCAGCAGCAAAUGCCGCAGCAGCAAAUGCCGCAGCAGCAAAUGCCACAGCAGCAAAUGCCACAGCAGCAAAUGCCACAGCAGCAAAUGCCGCAGCAGCAACAUCAGCACUACAUUCAACUGCAACAUCAUCAGGAAAUGCCGCAGCCGCAACAGCAGCAUCUGCAACACCAGCAGCCACUGCCGCAGCAGCACUACAUUCAACAACAACAUCAGCAGCUAAUGCCGCAGGAGCAAAACCAUCAACAGCAACACCAGCAGCCGCUGCCGCAACAGCAGAACUUCCAUCAACAGGAAGACCAGCAGCCACUGCCGCAACAGCAGCACUGCCAUCAACAGCAACACCAGCAGCAAGUAGACCAAAGGAAGCCCCAACUACAACUAAAUGAUUCAGGGCAGUGGUGCACAUCGAGUGCUUGUAAAGGAUGGGCGCCCGUGCGAAUAAUCCUUAACAAAAAUGAUCAAUCAAUGUCAAUGGCGUUUAAUUGUUCAUUACCACCAAAUCCUAUUGAUGAUGGUGAAGUUCACUGCUGCACUUAAACUAAUUUUCUUUAUUUUGAGCAAGUUUGCAUUGUACUUUUACCGACUCAUUUUUAUCCCUGAUGCUUAACCCUAACUAUUUAUGUUACGUUUAUGUUACACUUGAUUGAACUUUCUGCACCGUUAAUUACUAACAUUCUCGCUCAACAUGCGCAAGCCACAAAUUCACUCAGCGGUGUAAUUCAAUAGAGGAUGCUGAUCGGAGAGCGACUGCUGAUUCCCGCAUAUUUGACAAACUAUAAACCAUUUGGCAAGUGUCUUAGCGUAAAGGCACCAAUGAUUGUAAUGCUUCGCUAAAACGAUUGCAAAUUAAUGGUAAUGAACUCAAAAUUAAUAAACACCGGUUUGCACAUUACAUCGCUCAGUUUCAUUACUCGUAGAAAGUUCCGCAUGAUAUAUUGGCUAAGAGUGUACACCGAAAUGC